CUAACGUGUGAAUUAUACAUGUGAAUAACUUGCUAAGAUGACAGUUAUGUUCUCAAACACUGCCUUUGUGACAUUUAGUUUCCCCCUUUCUCAUUUUUCUUGUGGUAUUUGAAAAAGAGGCAUUUGGAUAAUAUUCACGUAGUAUCUGUCAAUGUAGUGCAGUUUAACUACGUAUGUAAUUCUUAACAGUAACAUGCAUAUUGAAUAAUCACAAUUCAUUUUGUUUGCUUAACACGCUCCCUCAUAGUUGCAGCUUCUUUAGUUGUUUAGAUCCGUGAGUAAGAUACAUGGCGCCAUCUUGUGGAACGACUUGUGUAAAACGCGUCCUGAAUUCUUCACAGUGCGAGUCAUUAGGAAAAUGAUACAUAGAAAGAGAGAUAGUUAAUACGCAAACAUAAUAAACACAAAUAUAAAGAAUUUUUCUACAACUUCUAAUUUAUUUCAGGAAACAUAAACGUGUUGGAUCAUUAAUUAAAAAUUCUGAUGAUCGCUAAGACUGUUGUUCGUGAAAACCCAUUUCCCAUGCAUUACACAGUUUCUCCUUCUCACAUAAUAAAAUAUUUUAAACUCAAAUCAAUAUUUUAUGUCCAUUUAUUUAUUAGGCAAGUAGCCGUAUAAUUAACGGGAUAAUGUGCGGUCAUCCGGUCAUUAUUGCAAAAUAACUCUUUCGCUUGUGCUUGGCGUCUGAUCACCCUGUCUGGAAACAUUUUGCGAUAAUGAGACGAUCGAUGACAGGGCAUUAUCCCUUACGUAAUAUCACUUAAUAUCGCAAUAUAUUUUCGUUUGCGAAAGUAAGAUAAUGACGGAAAUAACUGAAACGGAAGCGCUGAGAAAACUUUAUUGAUUAAGUUCUAAUGGAUUUAUAUAUAUUUAAAAUUUAUAUUAUGCUAUUAUAAUGCAUAACAUAAUAUAAAAUGAUCUAACUUGGAAUGAUUGUUUAUGUAACAACUUUGUUGGACAAAAACUCACAAGCUCACAAUUUACUAGUCUGAUGAAACAUUCACUGAAGGUACUGAAUCAUGUAUGUAUCAUUGUAGACAUAUAUUUAUAUUAUACCAGAUGCGUUUAUCUUCUCAUAUUUCGCUAGUUUCUGGUGGUUCUCGACUACAUUAUACAUCUCUAGGUGGGUCCUCCUAGCAUGAAAAAGUUUGGCAAGCAGUAUUUGUCUAUCUAUAGUAGAGAAAACACUCAUUCCACUAGGUGGCGACAUUGUAUUUAAAAAGACAAUGAGGCGCAACCUGUGUCUGCGUGUUGCGGUAACCUAUUUUUACCCAGUUUACAAACAAAUGUUUAGGCAAGGAUAGCAUGAACUAAAUGUGUACGUGAAACAGAAAGAAUUUCCCUGCUGCAAAUUCUGCAUGUCUGAAUGAACAGGGAGGAAUUCAUUAACAACACGGAUUAAUGCGCUGUCCUGUCACUGGAAUGAAUGUGAAACGUUAUCAUCAUCAUUAUAUGUGGACUCCGGACGCACAUGCUGAAUUCUGACCCGACUUAUCCUACAAGAGCAAGUUCAUCAACAUGCUUUCUCAUUCUCCUGUGGAGUAACCGAGACUGGUGACGAGGAAGGCGCUUCUGCCUGUUAUUAGUGUGGAUUUAUCGCAGUUUUCCUUUUAAAUAACGCAUUUCGAUGUGGAUUAAACGAUUUCUUCGAUUUUUAUAUCCAUAACAUUGACGCUUGCAGCCUGCGGUCCGAAGGGGGCAAGUGUGAGAACGCUAUACAUCAUGGCUGACCAUCUGGAGUGUCUCAACUACACUUUGUACAGAAAUACCUACAUCCUAGCUUCUUACCCAUACAAAACCCUAUAAACUGCCAACCAAGGGAAUAUAACCUCUGUAUCACGCCAUUUUUGCAUCUCUUCCCCUCACUGCUUUCAAAUCAAUGCUACAUUAUUUAUAUCAUGGGAUGCAUGAAAUCCAAGCACCGCGACCCUACUCAGAAUUCCAGCUCAUCGGAGAAAGUGGAUGGCAAGUCAGGAAAGCAAGGAGAUAAAGCUGCUCUAGUUUUCUCAGAGAUCGGCUCCAUGGAGGACUCAGUAGGGGUCAAUCCGGUACUGCUGGACUAUGCCCAGAGACUCUCAGAGGAAAUUGUGGCCCGGGCGGUACAACAAUGGGCAGAGGUGGACAGCCGGUAUAGUGACAUCCCCUACAUUGAAUGUGAUGUGCCAUAAGUUUUUAACUCUGUGUAUUAAGAUUGGAUUGGACUGGCUCACUCUGUAUGUACUGUAAAGGAAAGCUUUCAGAUCGACAAAUGAAGGCCAGUGGAGAAUCAUGUGAUUUUGGGAAGAUGUUCUUUGGCUCUCUGAAAAUCUCUUUAUAGGAUUCACAUGAAAUAUUCAGCCAUUUUUUUGUGUUUUCUUAAGAAAUGGCCAUGGAGCUGUUAUAUUACAAGACAGCAUCUUUUUAUGUCUCUUGUUUACCCUCAAAGCCCAGUUGUUUAAUUGGAGAGUCCCUGAAAUUGUGCAAAGGCCACAGUCAUCCCAACCAUGUUAAUUAUAGACUUCAUCUUUUUGCCUUUAGUAUUUCAUGUUUAUGUGGCUCAGCACAUCAGACAGUACCUCAUUUCUAUUUUCCAUCCAUCCAUCCAUCCAUCCAUCCAUCCAUCGGUGUGGUCACAUUGGCUUUCUGCAAAAUUUUAUAGGGGGAAAAAGGUUCAUUGUCUGUUGCCACUUCAAUCCAAGUCACUUUCAAAUCAAGCAGCUUUCUGUUGGUCAACAUACAUAGUAAAUUUGAGUGAUCAACUUGUACCUGUAGAGAAAUCUACAUGGGGAAAUCUUUCGCCCUCAGGUGAAAUUCUCAAUCACCUAUUUAAAUGACUGGAUUUUUGCCAUGGCUUUCGCUGAACACACAUUUACACAUGUACAGAGCAUCUGCUCAGGGGUCACAGUUUGUCUUUAAGGGGCCAGUGCUGGCUUUUAGGGAUCAAUAAGUGUACGUUACUUCACCGCUAACCUUUUUUUGACAUGACAACUGUCACCUGUAAUUCCUGGUACAAAAUCAACAACUUUGUGGUCACUAUGGCCAGACAUUAUUUAUCAAUGACACAUUCUUAGAUUUAGAGAUGUUUAAAGAUGUUAAUCAAUCUGUAUCCUCAUGAUGAUGGCAUGAGACAAUACAUUCAAGGGGAAGGAUUACAUCCAUCCAUCCAUCCUCCCAAAAUUUGUGUAUCAAGCCAUUAUAUAAUUUUGUUAAUAGAAGUUUUCUUCUGUGCAGAUCAAAUAUGCAAUUCUUAAAGUUUUAAAAAGAAACUGAAAAUUACAUAUUGCUACCAAGACUGCCAAACCCCUUGCUAAGAGAAAGAAAAAAUUCAGACUGGGGACCAAACACGCCAAUGUCCUUAAUGAUCGUUAAUACAAGCACAAUUACUCUUCUGGUAGUGUUUUAACAGCUGCUCACCAAUGCUUUUUAUUGAUGGAUAUAUUGGCACUUCUGAAUCUUGUGCCAUGCUGUCAGGUAGCCAGAAUCCCUUUAAUGAUUUCCAGAUCAAUAGAGUGCAACAGUUGGGUUCUGGAAGUAAAAAUCACAUUAGUUUUCUCCAUAGAGAUCGAUUUUUAAUGAUAAAUGUAUAAAGCUUUUAAAAUCUACCUGAGCUCUGAGGUGGUUAAGUGAUGAUUUAUGCUUCUUCACAAGUCAGUGUGAUUUCAACUACAUUAAAAAAAACCUUAAAUUCAGAGGGAAGGAUCUACUUAAUCAUAAGGUUACCAUGAAAACCUGUUCUGAAGGAACUCACCAGUGACCACCUGAAUCCUGUAAUCAAAUAAAUCUCUCAAAGAACCUAUAUUUUUGUAUAUGUCAGAAUAUGUUGUGAUUAACUUAAAAUUUAAGCUCAUAGUUUUGUACCUUUGACUUGUUUUUCAGAUUGUCAAACACUUUUUUUGCUUCAAAUAAAAGGUUGUUGUUGGAGCUGGCAGUUUGGUUCAUGGCUUUAAACUCUUUACUGAGGAACUUUUUCAAAUCCCUAUGGAGAACAUGAAUGAGAAAAUUACUUCCGGAACCAAGGCCACUGAAGAAGUGGGUAGUCACUGUUAAGAGCAAGGACUGCACUUUGACCAUUUUACUUUUGCAUAGAAAGUCAUAAAUGCAGAGUGAAAUCUUAUGAUAUGAAAGAAGGACUUAAAGUGGUAUAUUUUGUGAGGCCUUUUAGCACAUUACUGAAUGUGCUCAGAGUAGAACUUCAGUAUAUGUCAGUAUCUCAAAGUACAAUCAGUACAAGAUUCACGGUGUUCAUUACUCUCCUUAUCUUCCUUAAUUAUAAUAGGCCAAAUAGAAAAAGGUUACAUUUGGUUUAGGAUGAACUAACAAAAGUGUGCGAUCAUGUAUCACAGAAAAAUAUGCUUCAAAUAAAUGAAUUAAAUAAAUAAAAUACACUGCAGUCAGACUACAUUUGUACCAGCUUGUACUGUCGAGCUGAUUUCUCCUGAGAUCUCCAUCUUAUAAAUGUUUGAUGAGGUGCUGAUGAUUCUAACCAAAAUGGUUGUCUUUCAUAUUUCAGUGUAUAAUUCAGACAGAAUUGUUUUACCUGUAAACUGUGCAAUCUUAGUUCUGUAACCUAAAGAAAAGGGAAAAAACACUGCUACGCCAAUAAAUAAAACCAUGGCCUUCCUUGAUA